AUGGCUUACCCACCAAACGGGGACCCAGGUGCGCCUCCUGUGAGGGAGGUGAUCCCCGCAGGACGAGCGCCCACCGGACUGUGCCAUAACGACUUGCAUGGUGGCAACGUCAUUUUUGGAGAUGCUGUAAAUGAUGUCGAACAUGGCGGAGGCGUGCCCAUACUCAAGAUGAUUGACUUUGGCCUUGCGAAAGUAUACACAGAUGCCGAGGGGGAAAUGGCCAAGAAUAUACGCGACAUUGGACUGCGCUCCGAGUUUAAGAUCCACAGAGCGGGCGUCAGCAAGACACUGAGCCCCAUAAGGCCAGACGGGGGCUCAGAUCCUGACACGUCCAUGGAGACAGGAGAAGCAGAUACGUCGACCGAAUCUGCAGACAACGGAGACACGUCGAUGGUGUCAGCUUCCGGGCCAGAAGCAGGCUCCGGGCCAGAAGAUACGUCUAUGGCAUCGGGAGAAGCCGAUACUUCGGCAGAAAUUGGAGACACAUCAAUGGAUACCGAUGAAAACCAGGAUGGCGAGGCCCAAGAAGAAAUUGGAGACACAUCAAUGGAGACGGACGAGAACCAAGAUUAUGAAGGCGACGAGAGCGGGAGCGGCGAAAGGAUAGUGGCAGAGAGGGCUCCAUCUCCAGACAGCGAAGAGGAGGAAUACGACGACCCAGAGGAAGACGAGGACAACUUCAAGACAUUUUCAGAGGCCGAGUUCAGGGAACUGCCGUUGAGCCAUGAGUUUAGAGCGCUCAUCUGCCGCUGUACAGCACUGAAUAGGAGGAGACGCCCAACACUGCCCGAACUGCUGGACAUAUGUCAGGCGGAGGUCGACAAGUUUGCAGGGAAGACAUCCGUGGCUGAGAACUUCCGUGCCGUGUUUUUUGAUGCGCCUAUGACGACUCAGUCGCCAACAUAA